AUGUACGCAGCAAUCACGGCAGCUGCUGAGCCGACCUCGACAAUCGGUAAUAUGUUUCUUGCUAGCCUUUUAAACAGACUUAGCGAAUCAUCACCAAUCGUUCCUACCGCAACCCCCACUACCGCCGACACCGCGGCCGCCAACAUAUUCGAUAUUUUCAACGUGACCAAAGGGCCAUCGAUAGUACCGAGAGAUUCCAUGGUUCAUCAGUACUGGAUCGACUCAAGCGUACACCGAUAUGCCAAUGCUGCUAUAUACUUUAAUUUAUCGUUCGUCGAGAACAACAAUACUGUAUACGACAACUACUCAUCUGAAGAUGUGACGGACGAUCUUUCAUUUCCGUACCUAUUCUCCGUUUCUGUUAGUAUCUUGAUUUAUUUAUCAUCGGUGUUGGCAAGCUUUCUCACCUUCUUCGGCAAUUUAUUGGUGCUUAUCUCAGUGAAAACCAACCGCAACUUGCAAACAAUAACAAACAUUUUUCUUGUGAGUUUGGCGAUCUCCGACAUGGUAGUCGGUAUGUUCUCCAUACCGCUCUACACUAUCUUUAUAACGUUCGGUUAUUGGCCAUUUGCCUCGUGGGUCUGUGAUCUGUGGCUGACAGUAGACUAUGCGUUAUGCACAACUUCUAUGUGGAACAUCGUCAUUAUCAGUAUAGAUCGUUUUCUUUCCGUGACACGCCCGAUGAGCUAUCGAUGUAACCGCACAGCACGUCGAGCGUUGCUAAUGAUAUUACCAGUAUGGAUCCUGCCUUUAAUAGCCUGGGGUCUGGCUAUUAUUGGAUAUCCGUUUUUUAUUGGCGAGAGAACGCUUCCAUCUACCGAUUGCCAACUGCCGUUUAUUAUGAACCCGUUAUUGAAUUCCACCAUCGCUAUUACUGUGUAUUCCGUGCCGACUGUCGUCAUGGUGAUCGUCUACGCCCGAAUCUACAAGGAAACGUCUCGAUUUAAUGUCCGUAAAGUAAAGUCGCGCGAUAUUUUGAGUACGAACACCACGACCACGCCACUAAAUUCGUGCGCCAGUACACCACGUAAUGCCAAUCAGGAUUUAAGGACAUUUCCUUCGCGAUUCAGAUUCAAAGAAAUGAGUAAAGAAGGUAGGCGUUUAUUGAAAGAAACGAGAGAAUCACAACAGACCAGUUUUAACCAGCGGUCUAAUAUACCAGAGAUUAGCGUGAUGAGCGAAAACGUUGACGACGAAGGCGAAGACGCGCCGAUACGCGGUACGUUAAAAGACUUUAAACGAAGACGCGCCGCUAAACAGAGCGUUUCUGAUUCAAUCAACUUGGGAAAGAAAAAAAGGAACAGCAGUGGCGUUACGAUGUCGUCAAAUCUAACGGUCCCACACAAAAUGCACAGACAGCGGUCCUUCAUUUGUUCCUCGACUGGACAGCAAGGCCGUUCCCCUGGCGGCAGCUUUCGCGGGUGUAAAACUCGUUCGCAGUCAAUGGGUUCGUUGUCGCGCUUACAACUAGCAAUGGUACAGAGAGGAUGCAAACUGCCAACUACGGGAGUUGCUAAUAUUCCAAACAGAAUGUCCACUAUUAACAGGGACCGCAAAGCGUUGAAAACACUAGGCGUAAUUAUAGGUUCGUUUUUAUUGUUCUGGACUCCGUACCAUGUACUUGUAGUCUGGUUGGGUAUCUGCACCAAGUGCGUAGACUCAGGUGUAUACGCAUUCAGCUACUACCUCUGCUACCUGAACAGCACGUUUAACCCCUGGAUCUAUGCUUUCUGUAAUAAAACCUUUAAAGAAACCUACAUUCGCAUCGUGCUGUGCAGGAAAAGGCGUCACCAGGAUCCGUAUGACAGACACUCUAGCUUCAGGAUGGCGGAAGAAGACAAUUCACAUUUUUAA